CUGCACAGCAUUAGAUUUCAAUCGUCCUGGCAAAAAUUGCCUCAGAAAGCUUGAAUGGGUCUAGCGAGGAGAGACCUACAUGGCAAAAAAGAAUGACUAUUAUCACAUAAAGAGGCAAAUUGAGUCAGAGCUGAUUCAAUCUGGUGGUAUCGCAUCUUCAAAGCCUUUUAUUGACCUCUCAAAACCUGAACAUUUACUUAAACUAAAGGAUUGUUUAAAGAAAUAUUGCCAAAAGGCACACAAAAGAGUAGUUGAUAAACCAAUUACAGAAGUUAGAGAAGCUGGAAUAUGCAUGCGUGAAAAUUCAUUCUAUGUAGACACAGUACGAAGCUUUCGUGAUAGAAGAUAUGAAUACAAAGGUCUUAACAAAACAUGGAAAGGAAAAUUGGCAGAAGCUAAAUCCAGUGGAAAUUCUAUGAAAAUUCAGGAAGCGCAGGACAUGGUUGUUCUAUAUGAUUCUUUGCAACUUGCUCACAAGUGCAUAUUGAAUUCUUUUUAUGGAUAUGUCAUGCGCAAGGGAGCAAGAUGGUACUCUAUGGAAAUGGCUGGGGUAGUUACAUAUACUGGUGCAAAGAUUAUCCAAAAUGCUCGGUUACUUGUAGAAAAAAUUGGAAGGCCACUGGAACUGGAUACAGAUGGCAUUUGGUGUGUUUUGCCUGGUUCUUUUCCAGAGAACUUUACUUUUAAGACAGAAGCUGCGAAGAAGCUAACAGUAUCUUAUCCCUGUGUCAUGCUUAAUGUUGAUGUUGCGAGAAAUAACACUAAUGAUCAAUAUCAAACGCUGAAAGACCCAGUAAAUAAGCUAUAUACAACACACAGUGAGUGUUCCAUUGAAUUUGAGGUCGAUGGACCUUACAAGGCCACACCACGCAGUCAUGUCUAGAGGUCACGGUGUAGCGAAGCUUUAUUUCAACUGCGGUCAAUGUGGAGCAGCCCUAUCUGAUGGGGCUUUUUCAGUUAUAAUUUCUUUUUACUUCGCCAAUCAUUUUUCUCUUAGCAUUCUAGUUUUGUCUUUUUAUUGACAUUGUUUUCUUUUUCAUUUUUAUUUUUUAUCAGUGCGACAAAACAUUUUCUAUGGAAGAAAGCUGUCGAUGUCUACUUUGUUGUACAUGCACAAAAUAUCACGAGAAUCACUUCAAACAUGAUGUUUAUUGAGCAUGUAAUCUCGAUAAUAUCAUUUCAACUGGUAUGUUUGUUUGCACUUUUGAGGGAUGUGCUCAAGAUAUACCUGCACCACAGUAUAGUGAUCAUCAGAGGACGUGCCCGUACAAAAGACUUGCGUGACCUAUAUGUAAUCAAGGAUUCGCCUCGAUAUUACUGAGGUCACAUCUUCUGAGACAACAUCAGUUCAACCAUUACCAGCUUAAUUAUGGUUGUCUCAACACUGGUCUUACCAUCUCCAAUGAUAGAGGGUGUGUUUUUAGCAGUAGAGAUGAAGACUUUGUGUUCUUCAUUGCAGGCGCAACCCUUUAUUUUGUCUAGCUUGGCGCAUCAUCUUCUGCUUCGUCUCAAGCGUCUGCUUCUUCAUCAGCGCCUGCAAAUAUCCGACUGAUGGCGUCUCUGGUCGCAGCUCAGACUUUGUAGGAUUGUGGGUUGUACACAGAUCCACCGCUACCGAGGUGUACUGAUGUUGUUCGUCUCAUUUGCUUCAGACAUAUCACCGCAGAAAAUAAUUUUAAGAUUUAUGUAUUGAUAGAU